AUGCAUGCGUUUUUGAAAGGAGGUAGCGGAGUGACAGGUUCUACCGGUGGGGAGAAGAAAAAAGCACCUCCUCGGGUCCUCCCUUGGAUUGAAAAGUACCGGCCUAAGGGAGUCAACGACGUAUGCGCGCAAGAAGAAGUCGUUGCGAUGCUCAAAGCCGUCCUCAUCGAGGGCAAAGAGCUGCCAAAUAUGCUUUUCUAUGGCCCUCCGGGAACGGGAAAGACGAGUACAAUUCUGGCGAUGGCGAGAGACAUGUUUGGAAAUUUGAUGAAAGAGCGUGUUUGUGAGUUGAACGCUUCCGAUGAAAGAGGAAUCGCAGUCGUGCGCGAGAAGGUUAAAAAUUUCGCCAUGACGACGGCGAACUCGCAGCGAGCUGAUGGAAAGAAAUGCCCGAACUUCAAGUUGAUCAUCUUAGACGAGGCGGAUUCAAUGACCAAAAGCGCCCAGGAAGCGCUGAGGCGAACAAUGGAAGUCUAUUCAAAGGGGACCCGUUUUUGUCUUCUUUGCAACUAUGUGUCCAGAAUCAUCGACCCCAUUACCUCGAGAACUGCGAAAUUCCGCUUCCGACUUUUGCCAAAAGAAAUUCAAUACAAUCAAAUUCGACAUAUCAAGGAAGUCGAAAACGUUAACAUUUCUGAAAACGCCGUGGAAGAGCUCAUUUCAGUGGCUGCGGGAGACAUGAGACGAGCUGUAAACUUUCUCCAAUCGCUUCAUCGUCUCCAUGCGGAGGAAAUUACGCCUGAUGACGUUCGAGAUGUGGCAAUUCUCUGUCCUGAUGGAAAGAUUAGUGAAGUGGUCAACUCAGCGCGGAGCAAGUCGUACGACAACUUGGUCAGCAAAGUUAAGGGGCUUCUCCAGGACGGCUACCCAGCUUGCCAGUUCAUGGAACAGCUCAUGGACGCGAUUAUUGCCGAUGAAGGGAUCGAAGACGGCCAGAAAGUCAACAUCAUCAACCAAAUCGGAAAGGCGGAUCAUGCGCUGACCGAUGGCUCGGAUGAAAAUGUUCAAAUGAUGGCGAUUGUAUCGGUCCUUCAGCGUGAACUCAGCCGAUAG